AUGCGUUCAACAACAUACGGAUCUGCGCUGUCACAAACAACUGCACGCUUCAAGGACCGUCUUAUAAGCCGAUCAGAGGAUGCUGAUGAGCUCAUAGAGCUCCGGAAACAAAGUGAGAACGAAAUGAAACGUUGCCUCACCUGGUGGGACCUUAUCUGGUUUGGGUUUGGCUCUGUCAUUGGAGCCGGCAUCUUUGUGCUCACUGGCCAAGAGGCCCAUGAUCAUGCCGGACCGGCCAUUGUCUUAUCAUAUGUCGCAUCAGGUGUCUCAGCAAUGCUUUCAGUUUUCUGCUACACGGAAUUUGCAGUAGAAAUUCCGGUCGCCGGAGGUUCUUUCGCUUACUUGAGAGUAGAAUUAGGAGACUUUGCAGCAUUUAUAGCAGCAGGGAAUAUACUGCUUGAAUCCAUUGUGGGAACUGCAGCUGCUGCUAGAUCAUGGACUUCUUAUUUCACGACUCUUUUGAAUCGACACCCGAACUCAUUACGUAUACAUACAAAUCUCACAAAUGGGUUCAACCUCCUUGACCCUAUUGCUGUUGUAGUUCUGGCAAUUGCAGCCACCCUAGCCAUGAUCAGCACAAGGAAAACUUCAUACUUCAACUGGAUUGCAUCUGCUAUAAACACCAUAGUAAUUUUCUUUGUGAUAAUUGCAAGGUUUGCUCAUGCUGAUACGUCUAAUUUGCAACCCUUUAUGCCUCAUGGUGCUGAAGGGGUCUUCCAAGCAGCAGCAAUUGUGUAUUUUGCUUAUGGAGUAUUUGACAAUAUUGCGACAAUGGCAGAGGAAACAAAAAAACCAUCAAGAGAUAUUCCACUCGGGUUGCUUGGAUCAAUGUCAAGGAUCACUGUGAUAUACUGUUUGAUGGCACUUGCUCUGAGUAUGCUGCAGAAAUACACCGAUAUAGACACAAGUGCAGCAUACUCUGUUGUAUUUCAGAGUGUAGAGAUGAAGUGGGCUAAGUACCUGGUUGCUCUUGGAGCCCUCAAAGGGAUGACCACUGUUCUGUUAGUAGGAGCACUAGGGCAGGCACGCUAUACUACUCAUAUUGCGCGAGCCCACAUGAUUCCACCGUGGUUUGCUCUCGUCCACCCAAAGACAGGAACCCCUAUUAAUGCCACUCUCUUAAUUACCAUUUCAAGUGCCAUUAUUGCAUUCUUUUCAAGCUUGAAUCAGUUGACAAGUUUGUUAUCAGUCAGCACACUCUUUAUAUUCAUGAUGAUGGCAGUGGCACUUCUUGUGAGGAGAUACUAUGAACGAGGAAUAACUCCUCGAGCAAACCUCUUGAAGCUAGUUGCCUUCUUGCUGAUCAUUAUUGCUUCCUCCAUGGGGACUUCAGCAUUUUGGGGAUUGAACCCCAAAGGUUGGAUUGGUUACACCAUCACCGUUCCUCUGUGGUUCUUGGGGACCUUGGGGAUUGCAAUUUCUCUGCCACAGCAACGAACACCAAAAUUCUGGGGAGUUCCACUUAUUCCGUGGUUGCCAUCCUUGUCAAUUGCAACAAAUUUGUUUCUCAUGGGAUCAUUGGGAUCUCAAGCUUUUAUAAGGUUCGGCGUCUGCACAUUUGUAAUGCUGCAACGAACACCAAAAGUCUGGGGAGUUCCACUUAUUCUGUGGUUGCCAUCCUUGUCAAUUGCAACAAAUUUGUUUCUCAUGGGAUCAUUGGGAUCUCAGGCUUUUAUAAGGUUCGGCGUCUGCACAUUUGUAAUGCUGGUGUACUAUGUUCUUUUUGGUCUCCAUGCAACAUAUGACAUGGCCCAUCAGCAACACAAGCUAGAAUCACAAAAAAAUCUUCAAGAAGUAGACAUGGAAAAAGCAGGGCCAUAA